UGAGGGCAUGUACCUGGAAUGUCCGGUCCCUUAAUUGGGAAGGUGCCGCUGCCCAGCUGACAAAGGCUGACAUCACCGCCGUCCAAGAAAUGCGAUGGACGGGACAAGGACAGAGAAGAGUAGGUCCUUGUGACAUUUACUACAGUGGCCAUAUAAAGGAGCGCAAGUUUGGUGUAGGAUUCGUGGUGGGAGAGAGACUCCGUCGCCGAGUACUAUCAUUCACUGCGGUGAAUGAACGUCUAGCCACAAUCCGCAUCAAAGCGAGGUUCUUCAACAUAUCGCUGAUUUGCGCCCACGCCCCGACGGAAGAGAAGGACGAUGUGACCAAAGAUGCCUUCUAUGAGCGCUUGGAGCGCGCUUAUGAGAGCUGCCCCCGCCACGAUGUCAAAAUCGUGCUUGGCGACUUUAACGCCAGGGUGGGCAAAGAAGGUAUAUUUGGGACUACGGUCGGUAAAUUCAGCCUCCACGACGAAACAUCCCCAAAUGGGUUGAGGCUGAUUGACUUCGCCGGGGCCCGAAAUAUGGUUAUCUGUAGUACUAGAUUCCAGCAUAAGAAGAUUCAUCAAGCUACCUGGCUGUCUCCGGAUCGAAAAACUACCAACCAGAUCGAUCAUGUUGUGAUAGACGGAAGACACGUCUCCAGUGUUUUAGAUGUGCGUGCGCUGCGAGGUCCUAACAUCGACUCGGACCACUAUCUUGUUGCAGCUAAGAUUCGCACCCGCCUCUGUGCAGCAAAAAACGCGCGCCACCAAACACAAGGAAGGUUCGACGUCGAGAAGCUGCAAUCACAACAGACAGCUGAACGAUUUUCUACUCGGCUUGCACUCCUGCUCCCUGAGAGCACUCGUCAACAACUCGGUAUAAGGGAACUGUGGGACGGCAUUUCAAACUCCUUACGUACAGCUGCAACCGAAACAAUUGGUUUUCGGAAAGUGCAAAAGAACAGCUGGUACGACGAGGAGUGCCGUGUCGCAGCGGAGAGAAAACAGGCUGCCUACCUCGCAACGUUACGAUCGACCACUACACGCUCGGGAUAGAUACCGAGAGUUGAAGAGGGAAGCGAGACGCAUUUGUAGACAGAAGAAGAAAGAGGCAGAAAUGCGUGAGUACGAAGAGCUUGAUAAGCUGGCCGACAGGGGUAACGCUCGAAAAUUCUACGAAAAAAUGCGGCGGCUUACGGAAGGUUUCAAGACCGGAGCGUAUUCCUGUAGAACCCCCAAAGGUGAUCUAGUCACUGAUGCCCAAAGCAUACUUAAAUUA